AUGCUUAUACUGUCAAAUUUCAUACUUAUACUUUUGUUUUUGUAUUUUCAACACAAUGACACUUUCUCCUACUUAUUGACAUCAGCCCAAGAAAGAGUGACACUUCCUAACCAAGCCAAGACCAAGAAAUGGUGGGCCCGGCUGAUCGCCUACUCGUCGUUCGUCCUCCUCGGCGAAACGAGCGCCACCCUUUUAGGCCGACUCUAUUACAAAAAAGGCGGGAAAACGAUCUUGCUCCAAGCCCUUCUCGAAUCCAUCGGUUUUCCGAUUCUCAUCCCAUUUGCCCUUCACUCGUCCGCACGACACCAAGUGAUCACGGAUAAGCCUCCCCUGAAUUCCUUCUUCAUACUUUUGGCCAUUUACGCCUCGCUUGGGUUUUCUCAAGCCGCGGGCGGAGUUUUAUACGCGGUCGGGCUGCAAAAUCUACCCGUCUCGACUUUUUCCCUACUCACGACGACCCAACUAGGAUUCAGUGCCCUGUUUUCCUACUUUCUAAAUGCCGAAAAGUUUAGUUUCUUGAUACUCAACUCAUUGGUGCUCGUCUCAGUCUCAUCAUCGCUCCUCGUUUUCCGUAGGGAAAAUGCGGAGGAUGGAAACCCGAGAAAGGAACGUUUUGCGGCGGGUUUUUGUUGCACGCUCGCCGCCUCGUCUCUAUACUCAUUAACGCUUUCGCUAACUCAGUUGGUUUUCGAGAAGGUGAUGAUGAAAAAGAGUGAAAAUUCUUCGAGCGUGAUGAAUAUGGUGAUGUAUCAAUCGAUGUUCGGGAGUUGCAUGCUAAUAGCCGCGCUUUUUGCAAGUCGAGAAUGGUGGGGUUUGAGAGAGGAGAUGAAAAAUUUCGAGAUGGGGGAAUUAGUUUAUUUGUUGAUUGUUUUGUCGGUUGCUAUCGGGUGGCAAGUGUAUUAUAUAGGGACCGUGGGCUUGAUUUUUGAGGUGUCCUCUUUGUUCUCGAAUGUGAUUAGUACCGUGGGUUUGCCGGUUGUCCCGAUUCUUGCGCCCGUGUUUUUCCACGAGAGGAUGGAUGGGAUUAAGGUGAUUGCCAUUUUAUUGGCGUUGUGGGGUUUCGUCUCGUAUGUUUAUCAGAAUUAUCUCAUGAAUCGGAAGAGCGUGUGA